AUGAACCGUGCAAAGAAAUGCCUCGCCGUACUUGGCCGUAUAAUCGGCAUCAAGAAGGAAAAACCAGAACAUGACACCGAUCUCCUGGUCGACACUGAGGUCCUGGUCGACACCAAGGCCGAGAUCAAGUUCGACGCCGAAAUCGACGCCAAAGUCAACACCAAAGUCGCCUGCUGCACAUGUACUUGCCAUAGGUCCGAGGACCAUACAGCUCCUAAACAUAAAUCGACAUUAGGAGCCAAAAAGGGAUGGGUGUACCGCCCAAAUUACGAGUUCCCCUGGAGACUGGCCCAGGUGGUUGAAGAGGAAGAGAACUGGCGCGGAACCUGGGUUCUAGACGUGAAGGACUUGCGGGCGAUGGACUGGGGCACUACCCACGUGCCCAAGGCCGAUGGAAAGGGACGAGGAGGGCGAUAUGAGAGGCAGCCGACACGCCAUAUGCCUUUUCCGGUCGAUGGGGCUGGGCACCGAGAGACGUUGGUCGGAGGCCAGGACGACCUGAUGGUGAUGCUUGGGCGGCGAUAA